CUCCCCCUCAGCGAUGUUCUACGUCUCGCGCGGGCGCGCCGUCCCCCUCGCACGCACGGGAAACGCCAGCGCCGUACGUCUUAUACACCACAAGCUCGGCUACAAGGUCGCCAAGAACAAGCAAAAGGGCGUCGUCGAGCGCGACAAGGAUGGCCGGCCUGUCGCACGGAUGCGCGAAAAGUCUGCUUCGGUGGGUGUCGGGCGUCCCCAUCUUUUGGCUCUGGAGCGCACUUGCAACGCCCUGCUUACUUGGCGUGAACAGAUCUUCCGGGCGCUUCCGGCAAGCAGUUUGGGGCAUGAGCUGUUCGAGAGCACGGAGCCGGGACGUGUGGAGGUGGACCGUCCGCUCAUGAACCCUAUGGAGCUGGGCACCGGUGUCUUGACGCGAUUCGACGACAAAGACCCAACAGCACCGAUGAGUGCCUUCGGAGUGCCGAAGCACAUGCUGCUCGAGUUCCGUAUUCUCGGUGCCCCCUGUUCAGUGACGACUACGACGACCCUCUCGCUUGUGCGCGCGCUCGAGGAGUCCAAAACUCGACCAGCCCAUGUGGUGCUCAACGGCCGCGAAGGCAGCGGCAAAUCCUUCCUCCUCCUCCAAGCAGCGCAGUACGCCUCGGCAUCCCGAUCCUGGAUCACCAUCUACGUCCCCCGCGCACGCACGCUUGUCGACGGCUCCACGCCGUACUCGUACUCGCUCUCAACUCAGACCUAUCUCCAGCCACGCGCCGCACGGGUUCUGCUGCAGCGCAUCGGGCGCGCAAACGCGCACCUCUUGCCGCAUAUGCGCAUGAGCUCGACUGCGACCUUCUCUGCGGAUGGGGGAACGGCGGUGACCGUGCGGGAAGGCCAGCCGCUCACGGCCCUAAUAGAGAACGGGUCGCUGGAAGAUGGGUUACAUGCGCACGCGGCUCUGGAGAGGCUUCUGGAGGAGUUGGGGAAACAGACGGAGUAUCCGGUGCUGAUUGCGGUCGACAACUUCCAGGCGUUGGCUGGACCGACAUUAUAUCGGGAUCCGCAAUACAAGAUGAUUCGGCCGCAUCAUCUCGGUGUCCCGCGGCUUUUGCUCGAGUACGCCAGCGGGAAAAAACCUUUGGCACGCGGGAUGUUCUUGGGCGCGCUGACACGCACAGAUCCCCUGUUCCCUGUGUCUGACCAACUGGCGGACUCGCUGAAGAUCUCCCCCGAGUUCGGACCUUCCCCGCGUUCCGUGCGGUACCGACGGAGCACACAGCUUGCGUCUUAUCUGGAGAACACGAUCGAAGCCCCCAUGCCGAAGGAGCUCGAUCCGAAUGUGUCGGAGGUCGAGAUGCAUGCAGCCGAUCUCUGGUCUGGAUGGCUAGCAUUCGAUCCCCCCGUAUAUGAAGACAAUUUGGUCCCGACUGUGACAAUGCCGGAACCCGCGCCGGUGCCAGCUAACAUCUGGAAGAACAUGGUUGUUGCCGAAGGUCAACAAUCGGAAGACGUCUCUGGCAGGGGCCUCUUCGACACCGAGGACGACGUCCCCGUAGACGAUGGCAAACGGAAGAAGAACCCGCCCAAGGCGAAGAAAGUCCAGGCUAUUCCUCCUGUCAAGGCACUGCGGGCUAUCCGGGUCCCGUCGACCAUCUCCAUCCGCGAGGCAGCGGCGCUGUUUGAGCUGUGGUUGGACGCAGGUGUCCUGCGAACAGGUGGCGAACGGCGAGUUGGCCGUCGGGCCGAUCUGAUGAUGCUAGACGGGUUCAGGAAAAUGAAAGAGAAUCCGGAGGCGACUUUCCGCGCGAUGGAAUCCGAAUUCGGCAGCGCCACAACAGCAAAAGCCGAUGAGCCCGCAUCCCGAGCCACAGGCAAACCCGCGUUGGGACAGCCGCGGUGGAUGGAAAAGAGUCAGGAGACUGCAAGCCCAGCCCACGAUGUGGUCGAGGAUUUUGUGGAAAGCGGGAUGGCUGCUGGCACGGCGCAGCUGCUCGAAAAUGCAUUUGAGGCGACGGAAUGGAGCGAGCGAAAAGCGGCUGAAUCCAAAACCAUGAUAUCGUUUGACGAAGACGAGUCAAGUGUCGUGGUCGACCCGUCGGAGGGCAGCGUCUCGACUUCUGCACGUGAAAGCGCGGAUGGGCAGACUGAGCGCGGCAAGGAAGAAGACAUCAGCAUCACCGACCUUCUAGCGAUGGCCAAGGGAACAGACCAGCUGAAUCUGGGGGACAGCCCUGAGAUUGCAGAGCUGCUCUCGGCCGGUUUGCGGAAUGUGAUGGAGAAUCCAAAAGCACUUCAGAAUCUGAUGGGCCGACAUCUACUCGCCACACCCCAAGAAGAGCCCACGGCUGAGGGCGGGGCGGAUGAGCUGUUCCUCAGCAAAUACACGGAGAGUAGCGGUAACCCGAGGGCCUUUGUUUGGGGCGGGCUCCUGGGCUCAUUGCAGACGUACACAAACUAAUAGAAUAAUGUGACUGUUAUGCUCUCAUCUACAUCGAAUCCUGCUCAGCAUGUACCGAAUUCUACAACUGUUGCAAGACUCGAAGAGAUGCCAUCUUUAAAAUCAGUCCAGUGGUCGAUUGUCACGGGUAUCCCGAGAACAAGCGAAAGAGAGGCUCGGAGGCAGACCACCAGAGACAUUGGGAAUCGAUCGCACUACGGAAAUGGCCAUUGCAGAAGCGACCCAGAAGUGUAUCGUUCUAUUUUCCACGCUGCAAGAGAUUCUUUUAGUCGCCAGACACUAUGCGCGAUGGUGGUUACCAUGGCCGAUUAGUCAGAGCAAAUCUGGCUGGUUGUUGUAGGAAUAUGGAUAGCGCAGUGCUGACAGAUGACUUCCAGUCAGAAUGGGUUGAAAUGCUCCUUUCACAUAUAAGGCGGUACAUAAACUG